AUGGAGCUUCAGUUUUGGUCUGAUUUGAUUUCUCUCUUGGAAAAGCUGAAUGGUCGGAUGCUCUUGGUAUUUCUGCUCUUGUUUCUUUUGAUUAUUGACCUUGUGAAAAAGAGACGACCCAGGAAUUUUCCUCCGGGGCCGCAGCUCUUUCCUCUCGUAGGAACCUUUGUGGAUUUCAAGCAGCCCCUCCAUCUUGCCCUGCAGAAGCUCACCGGUCAGUAUGGGAACAUCUUCAGUGUGCAGUUUGGAAGUCUGACUUUCGUGGUUGUCAACGGAUACCAGAUGGUGAGAGAAGCUCUUGUCCACCAGGCUGAAAUAUUUGCUGAUCGGCCAAAUAUUCCACUCCUCCAAGAAAUAUUCAAAGGCUUUGGGCUCAUAUCUUCAAAUGGGCACAUAUGGAGGCAACAGAGAAAGUUUGUUUUAGCAACACUGAAGAGCCUUGCCGUAAAUUUUGAGGAAAAAGUGCAAGAGGAGAGCCGGUACCUCGUGGAGACGAUCGAGGAGGAGAAAGGACAACCAUUUGACCCUCACUACAAAAUUAAUGGUGCUGUUUCAAACAUCAUCUGUUCCAUAACUUUUGGGAACCGCUUUGACUACCAUGACAACCGUUUCCAGGAAUUACUGCACUUGCUGGCUGAAACACUGCUACUCAUUGGAAGUUUCUGGGGCCAGUUGUAUAACGCUUUUCCUUUGGUCAUGAGCUGGCUGCCAGGACCCUUCAAGAAAAUCUUCAGGCACUGGGAGAAACUUCGAUACUUUGUGAAAGGUGUGAUCGCAAAGCACAAAGAGCAUUUGGACCAGUCCGAGGCAGGAGAUUAUAUUGACUGUUACCUGAGGGAAAUAGAAAAGUUUAAGGGUGACACCAGCUCAUAUUUCCAUGAGGAAAAUCUGUUGUGCUCCACCUUGGACCUGUUUUUAACUGGGACUGAGACAACGGCGACCGCCAUCCGCUGGGCUGUGCUCUACAUGGCCACGUACCCCCACAUCCAGGAGAAAGUACAGCUGGAAAUCGACACGGUGCUUGGCCAGUCCCGCCAGCCCACGAUGGCCGACAAGGACAACAUGCCCUACACCAGCGCGGUGCUGAGCGAGGUCCUGAGAAUGGGCAACGUGGUGCCACUGGGGGUGCCCAGGAUGGCCACCAGCAACACCACCCUGGCCGGCUUCCACCUGCCCAAAGGCACCACUCUGAUGACCAGCCUGACUUCGAUAAUGUUCGACAAAAACGUGUGGGAGACUCCAGACACCUUUAAUCCUGAACAUUUCCUGGAAAACGGCCAGUACAGGAGGCGGGAGGCUUUUCUGCCCUUCUCUGCAGGCAAGAGGGCUUGUCCCGGGGAGCAGCUUGCCAGGACUGAGCUCUUUAUCUUCUUCGUAGCCCUCCUGCAGAAGUUCACCUUCCGGGCGCCGGCAGACACCGCGCUGACCUUCGCCUUCACACUCAGCCUCACACGCUGCCCCAAGCCCUUCCAGAUCUGUGCUUUGCCUCGUGACUGA